AUGUCAUCGUCUGUUCAUUUCAAAUUCAAGUCCCAGAAAGAACCCUCGCGGGUCACCUUCGAUGGCACUGGUAUUUCUGUCUUCGAGCUCAAGCGAGAAAUCAUCAGCCAGAGUAGAUUGGGCGAUGGCACUGACUUCGAACUGUCCAUUUACAACGAAGACACAAAAGAAGAAUAUGAUGACGAUACCACCAUCAUCCCUCGAUCUACCUCGGUCAUCGCCCGUCGCUUGCCUGCAGCUCGUCCUGGAAAAGGCGGUGCAGCUCGUUAUGUCUCCGGGAAAAUGCCCGUGAAUGCCCGGAAUGCGUCUCGGACCGAACCAUCCAUCAGUCGAACCACGCCGGGGACUGGCCAGUCUGUCAAUAACAAUGUGUUGGAGCUUACCAAUGCGCAAACCGAGGAGGAGAAGAUCAACGCGCUCUUCAAUCUGCAGGCGAGCCAGUGGAAAGAACAGCAGCAAGAGAUGGCCAAUGCAACCCCGGUCCCAUUUGGCCGUGGCCGAGGAAAGCCGGUGAAUGUUCCCGACCAUCCACCACCUCCUGGGUAUCUGUGCUAUCGGUGUAGAGAGAAAGGUCACUGGAUUCAAGCCUGCCCAACAAAUAAUGAUCCCAAAUUCGAUGGCAAGUACCGGGUUAAACGAUCUACCGGUAUCCCACGAUCCCUUCAGACAAAGGUUGAAAAACCGGAGUCCUUAGCACCCGAUGGUUCCAGCGAUGAAUCGAGGAAUACGGGAGUCAUGGUAAAUGCGGAUGGUGAUUUCGUCAUUGCAAAGCCGGACAAGGCAGCAUGGGAACUGUACCAAGAAAAGCUGAAGGCCUCUGCCGCAGCGGCAGCGGAGGCAGCGGCGGCGGAGGAGAGUCGGGCGCUGCAGGCUCGGGGUCUGGAAUGCCCAAUUGACAAGAGAAUGUUCUUAGAACCAACAAAGACACCAUGUUGCCACAGGACUUAUUGCAAUGACUGUAUUUCAAAUGCCUUGAUUGAAAGUGACUUUGUCUGCCCUGGCUGUGCUACCGAGGGUGUCUUGCUUGAUAAUCUCACCCCGGAUGACGAGGCUGUUUCCCAAAGCAAAGCUUAUGAGGCCGAAAAGGCGGAGGCGAAAAGGGAGAAGGAGAAGCAAUUGACAGUUCCGGAUGACCCUACAGCCCAUGAGACCCCUGAGCACGAUUCUGUUAAUGAUUCUAUGGCUAAAGCGCAAUCUCCAGCCCAUCAAGAGGCAGAUACCACGUCCACUGAGUCAAAGAAGCGACCAGCCGAAGUCGAUCCGGCUGAGGGUUCUGGCAACUCCCAUUCUGCUAAUGUGGCCAAAAAACAAAAAGGAGAAGACCAGACCGACCAGUCAAAUCCCAACCCCAAUCCCAACACCAUCGCUCAGGGGCCUUUGAAAGAGGCUCUAAGUGGACCUCAGGCGCCCAUGAAUCCACAAAUGUCAUUUAAUGGGUUUGGUGCAAUGCCCCCCUUUGCAGAUCCCAGUUAUAGCAAUGAUGGAAUGGGUUUCAUGAACCCAAUGGCCAUGCCCAAUGCCUUCCCUAACGCCAUGGGUCCUGGCUGGAAUCCCAUGAACAUGCCCUUCAAUCCUCUACAAGCUGGUAUGUUUGGCGAUCAGUCAAAUGGAUUUUCCAACAUGUUUAACGGUGACCCAUCUAUGUCAAUGUUUCCAAUGGCUCAAAUCGCUGCAUCCAUGCAGAAUCCUGGGUUCCAAGGUCCAGGGAUGAACGGAUUUUCAAACCAACAGCGGACUGCAUUCAGUGGUCCUUACUCACGCGAGGAAGACUCACCGUACUUUCGACAACCUGUGAAUCCCCAACGUCAUCAGGCAAGAAAUCGUCGAGUGCGACCGAGUGAUUACCGGGAAUUGUGA